CAUACCCAAGAAUACUUGAGGCUGUAAUCGCUGCCAAAGGCGCUUCAACAAAGUACUGAGUAAAGGCUCUCAAUACUUACAGUACCAAGUCAAAAGUUUGGACACCUACUCAUUCAAGGGUUUUUCUUUAUUUGUUAUGAAAACUAAUGAAAUAACACACAUGGAAUCAUGUAGUAACCAAAAAAAGUGUUUUUUAUAUUUUAGAUUCUUCAAAGUAGCCACCCUUUGCCUUGAUGACAGCUUUGCACACUCUUUGCAUUCUCUCAACCAGCUUCACCUGGAAUGCUUUUCCGACAGUCUUGAAGCUGUUCCCACAUAUGCUGAGCACUUGUUGGCUGCUUUUCGUUCACUCUGUGGUCAAAUUCAUCCCAAACCAUCUCAACUGGGUUGAGGUUGUGUGAUUGUGGAGGCCAGGUCAUCUGAUGCAGCACUCCAUCACUCUCCUUGGUCAAAUAGACCUUACACAGCCUGAAGGUGUGUUGGGUCAUUGUCCUGUUGAAAAACAAAUGAUAGUCCCACUAAGCGCAAACCAGAUGGGAUAGCGUAUCACUGCAAAAUGCUGUGGUAGCCAUGCUGGGUAAGUGUACCUUGAAUUCUAAAUUAAUUACAGACAGUGGCACCAUUACACCUCCUCCUCCAUGCUUCACGGUGGGAACCACACAUGCUGAGAUCAUCCGUUCACCUACUCUAUGUCUCACAAAGACACGGCGGUUGGAACCAAAAAUCGCAAAUUUGACCUCAUCAGACCAAAGGACAGAUUUCCACCGGUCUAAUGCCCAUUGCUCGUGUCUCUUGGCCCAAGUCUCUUCUUAUUUUUGGUGUCCUUUAGUAGUGGUUUCUUUGCAGCAAUUUGACCAUGAAGGCCUGAUUCACACAGUCUCCUCUGAACGGUUCAUGUUGAGAUGUGUCUGUUACUUGAACUCUGUGAAGCAUUUAUUUGGGCUGCAAUCUGAGGUGCAGUUUACUCUAAUGAACUUAUCCUCUGCAGCCAAGGUAACUCUGGGUCUUUCUUUCCUGUGGUGGUCCUCAUGAGAGCCAGUUUCAUCAUAGCGCUUGAUGGCUUUUGCGACUGCACUUUAAGUGCAGUUCUUGACAUUUUCUGGAUUGACUGACCUUCAUGUCUUUUCUGUCAUUUCUCUUUGCUUAUUUGAGCUGUUCUUGGAUUUGGUCUUUAGCCCUUAUUUGGUAAUCUUCUGUAUACCAUCACUACCUUGUCACAACACAACUGGUUGGGUCAAACGCAUUAAGAAGGAGAUAAAUUCCACAAAUGAACUUUUAACAAGGCACACCUUCUAAUUGAAAUGGAUUCAAGGUGAUUACCUCAAGAAGCUGGUUGAGAGUGUGUUAUUGUAUAGUUUUGAUGUCUUCACUAUUAUUCUACAAUGUAUAAUAAUAUAACAAAUAAAGAACAACAUUGGAAUGAGUAGGUGUGUCAACUUUUGACUGGUACUGUAUGUAAAUGUAUUUUUUUCAGUUAUUUUUUUUAAUACAUUUGCUGAAAACCUGUUUUUGCUUUGUCAUUAUAAGGUAUUGUGUAUAGAUUGAUGAGGAGAGAAAAAACAAUUUGGUUAAUUUCAGAAUAAGGUUGUAACAUAACAACACAUGGAAAAGUCAAGGCGUCUGAAUACUUUCCGAAUGCACUGUAUAUAGCAUUUGCCUUUUUGCUUUGCUUUGCAUGAAGGUAAGACCGUUGUUUUCAUCAAGCAUGUUCACAGCUGUUCUGCGUCUUGAAUUUGUCUCUGACUACUUGCACAAAUCAGAUUGACAUCGCCUACGGCACCAGGCAGGAGGUUUGUUUUCCGUUUCCAUUGCCAUGGAACUGGGGUCUGACAGAAUUUUAAUUGGGUUGGCAAUGAUUAGAAUGGUAGGGGAAGUGUCAUAUUUCUAUCGAGCUUUUCACUGCAGAAGAGGAUGCCAUACUGCAAAUAACUUCAUACAUAGUGAUACCAGGUUGUCAUUUUCUUAUGAUAUGAUAACAUCGCUGCCUACAAUGGUACCUUAGCCUAGUCAGGAGAAUUGAGGUUCCUGGAAGAGAUCCCCUCUUUUCAUAUUGAUUGGUGAAAUCCAAAACAGCUAGGCCUAGCUCGCCAAAGAUGAUAAUAUUUGUGUGUAUCUAGCACCAUAUGUUGUGCAUUCUCUCUUUCAUCACAGAGAAUUAUGAAACUGUCCUUUGCCUACCCCCGGUAUCUGUAAUCAGCUCAGGGCCUGACCAGCAGGCAUUAGUUAUGAGUGACGUAAGCAAGCCCUAUGCUCUAUGUAAUUCACAAGGGCAAAGCAGUCCUCCCCUGGCUCCCGUAUCGGUAAGCAGCUCCAGCUAUGCAGCCUACACGAGGACAAAGAGCUGUGGUGGAUUGUGGUGCUAAAUAUAGCUGGGUGCUAGGUACAGAUUAGUGUUGAAUAGUGAAAAGUGAGGGAUCAGUGUGUGGGGAAUAUCAUUCAGCCAGCUCGGCAAUGAUUGAUUUGACAACGUGGGCUCUCCCCCAGACAGCUCACUGGCUUCAAUUGAUGUCUGCCUGCAGGAUGUUUGAUAAGACCUAUCCUCUCCUAGAGAGGUAUCUGGAAGAAGAGCAUAACGAGUGAUUCUACUUUGUGGAUUGGUUGCUGUGCUGAAGGGAUGUGUGGGCUGGAAGUCCUAGGGCACUGCUAGCCCACCUCUGAUCAGAGAGAACGCAGCACUGUGUCCUCAACACACUGCCUGCCUGCCUGGGGAGACCAGCCACCACAUCCUCACAGCAUUGGAUGCAGCUGACUCAAAAACAGAGGAAGAAGCGUGACCGGCUGUCUGUGGUGUUGUGAUGAUGAGGGGAUAACGGGGCCGAGCGCUGAGGGCCCUGAGGUGGACUGGCACAGUUGAAGCAGCAGGCCAGGGUUAAGCCAGGGGAGGGGAGGCAGGCGGUGGGCGCCCACCGUCCAAGGACUAGGAGCCACCAUUUCUCGGGUGGUAUUGCCGGCGCGGAGGAGGGGCGCCGUACGGAGGUUGGAGGCUCUCUGGAUGAUGACCAGCCUGUUCCGCCGCCACAGCAACAGCAGUGGUAACCAUGGUGAUGUGGCGCCGCACGAGGAAAGCCCUGCUCCAGGCGAACUCAACAACAGUCGUCCCGGUGGGAGUGGGCGCACGGUGCGGCGUCUGGAGUUCAACCAGGCCAUGGAGGACUUCAGGACCAUGUUCCCCAGCAUGGAACAGGAGGUGAUAGAGUGUGUUCUGCGGGCCAAUCACGGAGCCGUGGACUCCACUAUCGACCAGCUGCUCCAGAUGAGCCUAGACGGACACGGCUCUAAUGACAGCUCUGACUCAGAGGACAGCCUUCCUUCUGAGAUCCUGGAGAGGACGUUGGAGCCGGACAGCUCUGACGAGGAGCCCCUGCCGGUCUACUCCCCGCCCUCCUAUGACAUGCACAUCUACGACAGGAAGUACCCAGACGAGGUCCUGCCCACAGCCUCACCACCUCCCAGCUUUGAUGCCAGUCAAACUCCUCCCUGCCAGCCCCCUCCUUGUCCACCCCCCCCUGCCAGUCAAUGGCAGGUUGGCAGUUACAGGAACUGGAACCCACCGUUACUAGGCAACCUCCCUGAUGACUUCCUGCGGAUCCUGCCUCAGCAGCUGGAUAGUCUGCCAUGCUCAUACACCAGCCUAAUGCAGAGUAGUCUGACCGAGCCCUCGUCCUCUUCAUCCCUGUCGUCCAUGACGCAGCAGGUUCAGCCGGGGGCGGGGGCCAGGGCAGGCCAGGUUGGCAUGGAGACUGAGCAGGAGAGGAAGCUGAAGCAGUACUUGGGAGAUGAGCGCAUCGCACUCUUCCUGCAGAACGAGGAGUUUAUGAGGGAGCUGCAGCGCAACCGCGAGUUCCUCAUCUCCCUUGAGAGAGAUCGGCUGCAGUAUGAGUCAAAGACAUCCAAGUCCCAUCAUUCAACAGCUUUCAUGGGGAUGUCCACUCCAGGAGAUAAUUGUGCCUCAGGCUCUGGGGAGGCCUGCACCAAUGUUACAGACGAUGCCUUGUUCCGUGACAAACUCAAGCACAUGGGCAAAUCUACACGGAAGAAGCUUUUUGAAGUCGCUAGAGCUUUCUCUGAAAAGACCAGAAGAAGAAAAACGAAAAGGAGAGCCCUCUUGAAACACCAUUCACUGGGUAAUGCUGCCUCCAAUGCCAACCUCUUGGAUGACGAAGAUGCCGGACACCUGAGUGAGAAGGACAACCAACUUAAGAGACCAGGCCCUCAGGAAGAGGAGGUGCCCCAGCAGGAAGUGUUGUCAUGAUUUCUCAUAUUGUUUCUCCUGUGACAAUGGAAGAACAACAUGGUUCACACCACUUCUGGACCUGAACCAGACCGUCCGAAGUCCCAUGGAAUAUUGUUGCCUUUAGAUGCUCUUCAGGACUGGGAAAUUUUAAGUCGUAAGUCCAACAUGACUGAUUUGGAAGUCAGAGCAAUUCUUCAACCAAUGACAUUUUAGCUAGCAAAAUGAGCUAGCUAAUAUUGCUAAUGAUAAAGUUAGCUAGCUUGCUUAGCUAUCCACAUUGAUAAGUUUGACGGCAUCAAAGGUGAAAGGUCAGUGAUGAAACGUCACAACUCUUAAAUUGAGUAUCAUCUCCAUCUCCGACUUUCCCUCUACGAAUUCCAAAUUGGGAGUGUUGUUCAAGUGCUUAUUUCCCAGUCGAAACACUGUAUUUCCCAAUCACGAGUAGCAUUUGAAGGCAGUCUUUUGAUUUCUUGUUUCAGAAAUCAACAAACUAGCUAGUUAGAUGCUUUUUUGUAUGAUUUAAAUGACAUUUUAAUAUAAAAUAUAUAUUGUUAUUGAUGGUGAAUAUUAAUAAUGUUAUGAUUUUAUUUUAAUGUAUUACUCAUUUUGAAUUAUUCCUGAUAAUUUCUGGGUGAUACAGUGAAAGCUGGAGUUGUAAUUCCGAUAUGACUCAGGAGUCUAGUGCAUUUUACUUGCAUAUGAAUGGAUUUGAACAUAUUUAUACUGAACAAAAAUAUAAACGCAACAAUUUCAGAGAUUUUGCUGAGUUACAGUUCAUAUCAGGAAAUCAGUCAGUUGAAGUAAAUAAAUUAGGCCCAAAUCUAUGGAUUUCACAUGGGCAGCGGUGCAGCCAUGAGUGGGCCUUGGAGGGCAUAGGCCCACCCACUGAGUACCCAGGCCCACCCACUGGGGAGAAUGAGUUGUUCCCCAGACAGAAAUACUCCUCAGCAUCUCCCCACACAUCCCCUCAGACGAUCCUGCAGGUGAAGAAUCUGGAUGUGGAGGUCCUGGGUUGGCCUGGUUACACGUGGUCUGUGGUUGUGAGGCCGGUUGGGCGUACUGACAAAUUCUCUAAAACAACAUUGGAGGAUGCUUAUGGUAGAGAAAUUAACAUUCUCUGGCAACAACUCUGUUGGACAUUCUUGCAGUCAGCAUGCCAAUUACAUGCUCCCUCAAAACUUGGGCGACAGCUGUGGCAUUGUGUUGCUUGACAAAACUGCACAUUUUAAAGUGGCCUUUUAUUGUCCCCAGCACAAGGUGUAAUGAUCAUGCUGUUUAAUCAGCUUCUUGAUAUGCCACACCUUAUAUUGGCAAAAUGCUCACUAACAGGGAUGUAAACAAAUUUGUGUACAACAUUUUAGAUAAAUAAGCUUUUUGUGCUUGUGUUAUAUGUCUGGGAUCUUUUAUUUCAGCUCAUGAAACAUGGGACCAACACUUUACAUGUUGCGUUAUAUAUUUUUGUUCAGUGUAGCUCGGUACCAUUCAACAGUCAAUUUCUGACCACAUGGGAGUUUGUGUGUGUGGAACAAAAUAUUGUUAUUUUAUUCUUACCACAAUGCAACCAUAUUCUCAAUCUGAUUUUAUAAUCUCUUCAUAAUAGUCUGCCUUGAGGUCUAAUUUUUAAGGUCCAGAUAGGCUAAUUCUUCCCGUUGGACUAUGGUAUCUUCCCAGAGAUGACCAAUGUAGGUGAAUACUGUUUCCAGUGUAACAAGAGAGCACUGGUUUGAAUCAGAAUGGGGACCAUCAGUGUAACAGUAGCCAUGUGGUUAGGGUUUCCUCCUUUAGCAUGCAUAUAUACCUAUUUACUCUAAAUCAUUUAUGUACUGUUUCUCAUACAACUUUAUAGUACAGUAUUUGAUACACUAUGAAUUUUCUUCUUCUGUUUGUGGCUUCUACAUCUUUGUUGCUUACAGAAGAGAAAGUUUGACCUUAAAUUGAAGAUUUAUUCCAGAAUUUCAUCCGGCUUGCUAUUUUCAUAUUUUACCAUGUGUUCUUGCCGGUGACUGUCUCUUCCAUGCCUCUGGGAACACUACACCCCCAUUUGCAGCUCAGUUUUACUCAAGUCAUAUGUUUUUGUUAUGUAGAGAAUAAGAAUAAGUUAUUCACAUUUUAUUUUAAGAUAAUAGUUAACUCUUGGUUUGUAGAUGCUUAGGAAAGGAAUCUCCUGACUGUAUCACAAUGAUUCACUGGCUUUAUGUGAUCCUGCUGUAAAUGAGACCAAAAAGAGUUGAUAGAAGUUUUUUUUAUUUUGAGCACCAUCAUUUAAAAAAAUGGAGAAUACCAGUCCUUCCUGAUAAUACUCACGCUGGUUUAGACUAUGUAUCUGCAUCACUUAGCUAUGUAUUUAGCUAGAUGUGUAUAAAUUGAAAUGGUUUGAAUGAUUUAUGAUCUUGGGGAAAUCAUUGCCAUAAACGAUGUAGAUAUACGUACUGUAGUUAGCAAGAAAAUAAUCAAUGCUCAGGGAAUCUUACUCGAACGCCAUUUUCUUGUCGUGUUCGACCCUCUUCUCCACCAUUUCCCCACCAACUGAUUAAACACAGCUGAAAUGUUUCUGAUAUUUAUAUUCUGCAGUGUUCCAUGGCCUACUAUGCUAUAAUCCUUGUGGGUGGAUUUUUGGACCAAUUAUAAUUGGUUUGGUACUGCAUUCUCUGGCUACACUAGAGAGAGAAGAUAGCACUCUGUUGGCCUUUGUGGAAUACAUCGAUUAAGUACAAACGGCAAGACUUUUCAAUAUCAGUCCAAUCCUGUAGAAAAUACUGUUUAGCAAAUGCAGUUUUAGAUUACAAUUGCUUAUCAUCAGACCACAAACUUAAUCUGUCACCCUGUCUAGUUGUAGUUUACCUCCACUUUUUAAGAAAGUGAACCUGUAAAUGAACCUUUAAGAUUAUAGAUUGUUUUACACUGAAAUAGGAUAUGGACCAAAAAAACAAAACUAGAAGGUGACUUGUUUUUAGGUGCGUAAGCAUUUCAUUUCAGUCUGAGCAUUUUUUUACCUGGGUUUGUGUGAUGGAUGAAUUAUUCUGUUGUCCUGUGUGUUGGUCAGGGGGCACCUGAGACUUGGUAUAAUGAGAUUGUCUUCCAUGUUAUCUUAGCUCCCUCCAAAGGAUUUUGUGUUACAUGAAUGUACAGUAUAGAGCCAAUGUUGAUUAAAACAUUAACCAUUUACAGUG